AUGUUCGCCACGACAACGCCAGCUCACCUCCGCGGCCUCGCGAACCGGUACAGAGGCGUGCCCCUCGCGGUCGGCAACGAGCCGAACACCACCACCACUGCCGCAGCGUCCUCAGACUCGGCUGCCGCCUCCGAGCUCUCGCCUUACUCGUCGACCCGGCCGUUCCCCUGGCAAAAGCCACCACCACAGCAACGAGCCGCUGAGAAAAAAGAGACCCAAGACUCGCUCCUGCAAGACGCAGCAAACAGCAACACGAGACAAAACGCCAGCAAGGCAGGAAACGGCUUCAGCCGCACCGACAUCUUCCCGCUACAGCAGCCGCCAGCGGCCCAGCUCACGUACAAUACCUUCUCCUCUGCAGAAAGCAAGACCGCCUCUGCAGAAAGCAAGAGCAAGAAACCGCGCUCUGGCAGCGCUGCAAAUGGAAAUGCAACCGCAGACGCCAAGCGCGCGCACAUCGACGAGAUAGACAUCGAAGAGCACGGGCACGGGCACGGGCACGGGCAUACGUCGGACAAGCAGCGACCGAGUCUGAGCCCGCAGGGGCUAGCCGGCGCGGCGAGGUCAGUCCGCGCGCCGUGGAGCCUGGCUUGGCGGGCCGCGGCGGCUGUUCGCGAGAGCGAGGUAGAGGUGUCGCCGGCGGUGGCGCGGCGUCUUGGGCCGGAGGCUGUUUUCGUCGUUGAGAGCGGGUGGCGCGGCGUUCGAGGAGCAAUGAGCGUGCUGCUUCUUGUGUUCCUCGUGCUUCUCUUCUUUCUGGUGGCGGCGGGCACGGCCAUGGUGUUGGGGCUUGCUGUGGAGGAGCUUGGAGGGCCUCGGCUUGGUUUCUGGAGCCGUGAAGCUGCACGUACUGAGCCGUGUCGGUUUCCGGACCAGAAGUUCUGCCAUAUUGUUUUGGGGCUGGAUAGGUGA